AUGGCGUUAAAACUGAAGUACACGGACGAACACGGCAUUCUGCACAUCGACAUGUCUCCCGCCAGCCCGGAGAAAGACAUAACAGACCCCAAGUUCGAUACCAUCAACAAUCGCUUCGGCCAAUACGAUCUCUUCGGCUCGAGCGACGGUGGGGAAACGUCUUUGUUUCGUAGCCGCUACAACAGCUUAGAACAAGAACUCGCCAAUACGCCGUAUGCAUUCGCUACGGAAAGAACCCUGCGCCUGAGCGACCCGGUGUUGGACAUUACAAUUGAUUCACAAAUCGAUGUGCAUAACGAAUUAUUCGGACCGAAAACUGAGCCGGCGUUCACUGUGACACAGCUGAUCCACGCGCAGGAUCGGUUCUUUGAUCUGUCGGCUCGACCAUCUGGUAGAGUUCGGACGGUUGUGGACGGUUUUGAGGUGAAAAGUGCGCCAGGCUCGGGAAAAAGGGACAGUUUUAGUGAUGGGGCUUUUAAAGUGAUUCCAACUGAAAGUGCGAGGAAACUCGAUACAGCGCCGAGUUCAUUGCCAACGGUGCCAACGAAGAGAAAAAGGGAGAAAUCUUUCGCAAUCAUAGCAGAGCCAGUAUCAAGAGCAACCAGCCCACGAUCGUUGCCGGUUGAAAUCAAACCGGGACGUGUAUCGCCAUUCAAAGGCAGAGGCUUUCGGGAAGAAACAUCACGACACAAUACGCCAAAAACAUCAACUGCCAAUUCCAGAGCUGGAUCUCCAAGAAGAACAAGCUCACUAACAAGGGUAGAUAAGAUGGCACAAGCUGCUACGUUAUUUCCAUUACCUUUGCCAAAUAGACCUCCGUCACCUAAAAACUUUUUAAAAGAAAACAUGAAAGAGGUGAGGGAACUAAGUGAGAUUAACAGGGAAAAGCACGAAGCUGAGGCAGAAGAAAAGAGAAAGGAGGAGGAGGCUGCAUUAUUAAAAGAGAUGGGCCUAUUGGAUAACAAAAUUGAUAUUAAAAACUCUAGAAAUAAUUCUAGAACUACGUCUCCAAAUAAAUUGACGUUCAGAUCAAGAUCUAAUUCUCCCGCAGCAAUCUUACAUUAUGAAAACACACCUAAAGAUAAAGAUAGUGCAGUUGUUAUCAAGAAUGAAACAGGAAAUAGAUCCGUGCAUAGAUCGCGGGCGCGACCAAUAGCUAAAUCUCAGCCAGAAUCUAAAAAUGUAUCUCCUAAGCAUUCUAAAAUCCCUCAACGUCAGACAUCUGUGUCUCCGCCUAGAAAUGGCCUAAAGAAACAAACUGUUAACGGCUUAGGCAAAAAUCAUCGGUAUAUUUCAAAUAGCACAAGCAGCAUCCAUGAAACAAUAAGGAUUGGAAGUCAGACUCAUGACAAGAGAUCGAGUCAAAGUAUUCAACACCUAGCAGUUGCACCAUCUGGUGUUAAGAGUAAGCCACCGAUAUCGCCAGGAAAAAAUGGACCUCCACCAUCAAAUAAGUCAAUUAAUGCGAAACGCCUUUCACCAAUUGUUGGAACUCCAAACAAAAGCCCUAUCGAAGAUUUGAAACCAAAUUCAGCAAAAACUUCCCCUAAACCAUUACCUAUACCUAAAAAGCCAAUCAAAACUGCAGGAAAUACCCCAACUACAUCCAAAUUAAAUUUAAUAGAAAAUAGCAGAAAUAAUAGCAGAGAUCCCAGUCCUGAGAAGAAAGUUGCAAAUAAGAACAAUAGUAGGCCAAAUAGCAAUGCAAAACCUCCAAUACGGACAGCUAGUACAAAAGCAGUACAAAAGACAACAGCUGCAUCAAAAACAGAAGCUAAAAAACCUGUAAGUAGAACAAAUAGUGUAAAAAACCUGUCAAGAUCAUCUAGCACAAAAACAUUAAAUGAAAAACAACCUUUAAAGAAAACAAAUAGCAAAAAAGAUUUAGCUGAGAAGGAGAAACCUGCCACAUCAAAGACUGAUGUAAUAGAAAAAAGUGACAAAGUGAAAGAGGAGGAAAAAGCUAGAAACGUAGAAGAUAUAUCUGACAGUAUUCAACAUCAUGAAGUCAAGAAAGAUCAUAAAGAUGAAGAAGCUGUUAGUACGCAAGACAAUGAAACACAAUGUGAAAAAAUGCCUAAUGAAAAUGGGGAUCUGGUACUACUCACUAAAAAAAAUGUUGUAUCUAUGACUACAGCUGCUAUAACUUCGCAACCAUUAGAAGUUGUUACCACAGUUACUAAUCAGUUGCCAGCAGCAUUUGAGAAAGCAAGGGAAAAGGGAAUUUUUGAGAGACUCAACUCCAAAGAUUCACUAAUUGGAAAGGAUGAUGAUAAAGAAUCACAUGAACAGAAAAUACAAGGUAAAGAAGAAAAAAGGCCACCUAGGCCAAAAACCGAUAAAACUAUUUUUUCAGAAGAUAAUAUAAAGCUUAAAUUAUUACAACCACCAUAUAAUAAUCCUCAAGUGGAGCGGGUAAAGCAGAAAAUAGAUGAUAUUUUAAAAGAACCAGAAAUUUCAACAGAAAAUAUUUUAUCGACAAUGAGUAAAGUAAAAGACACAAGAGAUCAAUUUAAAAAAACAGCUGAAAAAUCUAACACAGACGCAAAAGAAACAAAGGCUGAAGUUGAAAGUAAACUAACAGAAAUUAAAGACCAAACGAUCAAGAAAGAGGCUGAAAAUGUGUCUGAGAUACGAGCUGAAGCAAAACAUAUAGUAGAUAGCAUUAUUACACCUGUUGAAGAACCUAAAGAUAAAAUUAAUGGAGUUAAGGAUAUAAAAGGGAAUAUAGAACCAACAGUGACAGUGGUAAAAGAAAAGAAAGAUAGACCUGAUAUCGAGAAGAUUAAUGAAGCAAUGGUUAAAGGGGAACCUGAAGUUGAAGUUCAGAGUUCAAAUGUAUCAACACCUGGAGAAAAAGCUACAUUAGAAGUCAAAAAGACGGAUGAUGACUGUGACAAAUCGGCCCAUAGUAAUGGAGGGUUUCCUCAAAGUACUAGCACAACCCCAAAAGUACCCGCACGGACCAACAGACAAAAACAAAAACCGGAAACUGAAACUGAAACUGAAACUGAAACCGAGCACCAAGACAAAAAACAGAACAUUUGCUUACGAUUGAUGGGGAAAUGUGCCAACAAGUGUUGUCCUUGUUGCUCUAAGGCGAACGACGAAGGGGAGACAGAGACGCAAGAUUUGGAAAAGAAAACACUUUGGAGUAGAUUAAAUUGUGUCAAGAAAAAAGUGUCAGAUGAGGAUCUGGAACUAGCAGCGGGAAAGCUUGCAACAAUAGAAUUUGAAUCGGAAACGAAACGGAAACGCAAACUCCGCGAUGUUUUAUGCUCCUGUUGCCGCCGCAAGCGCGUCAGCGAUAUAUCGGAACCGAUCAGCCCCGUCGGUGUGUCGCCGCCUGUCGCCUCGACCGAUAUCGUUACAGAAACCGGGUGCUGUGGGAAGAAAAAGGAAGCCGAAAGACGAGACAGCAUCUUGAGUGAUAAAACACCUCCCACUUGCUGCAAUAACAGACUAGGUCGAUGGAUGCGAGGAGCGUGCCGCCGCCAAACAGAACCCCCCUCCAGUAGAAGAACCAGUCUCUUCUCUAAGAACAAGAGCUUAUCACCAACUCUACCUCCCGAGGAUACCCGCACUAAGCUCGAUGCUUCGCUGGUGGAACACACGAGCGUCAUGCGGGGCGCUAUACCGGUGCUACCUUCACUUUUGGCGUACUUUUGUCUCGUGUGCAACGUUUUGGUGCCUGGAUUAGGAACAAUAUUUAGCGGCAUGUUCUGUCUCUGUUUUGGAAUCCCACGAUUCGGAGUUCACGACGGAGCAAAACAUAGAAUUGGGUCUCUGAUUAUAAAUCUGCUGGUGGGUUGUGGCCAGCUGUUCACCGUACUGUUCUGCCUUGUCGGGUGGGGAUGGUCGAUCUGGUGGGGAGUUAUCAUGUUGAAGAUAUCACGUAAGUACAGGAAGUUGAAAGCGGAAGCUGCUGCAGAGGAGGCUGAAGGUGCUCCACCUGUCACCUCAAACAAUCAUACCAGAGCGUAACUAAUACCUUCUAGCGUCAAUCCCCGGGGGGUUGAACCAUUAGGGAUUCCCCUCCUUGUUUCCCCUCCAGCAUCUUGCGAAUCGGAUCGGAUUUUAUCUGCAUAGGAAAUGAACUACUACUACUUACUUCGCUACUGCGAAUGAUUUUCCCGAUUUAACGAAGGAAUUUCUCGGAAACCUUCUCUAGGAUUUCGAGCCCAAAUCUCUUAAGCCUCGACCAAUGUAUUUUCAGGUUCGCUAUCAUUUUGAAUAAACGCGAGUAGUCUUUUAUAUAUUGAAUGUAGGUAUAUCUUGGACACGGGCUUUUGGAUUUUGUGUUUAGAUAGAGCUUCGCUUUGUGAAUAUAUCAUAUAAUAUAUUAUAUGAUAUUAAUUAUAUAUUGUAUAAUUCUUCCUGAAUAUUAAACGAAAAUAAUAAUAAAAAAAGCGAAAUUAAACAACUUUAAAGUCGCCUUUGUAAUUAUCUGUGUGUAUGAAAAGCGGUGAUCUGUUAGCGGAGUUUGCAUUAAUAUCUGUACUAAAAGAUGUUCAAUAAAAAAACGAGGGAUUUUGAUCAUCUCUGUGAUCGAUGAAUGUUCAACUAUUGGCGUUAUUGAAAAUUAUACCUUAUGUUUUGGGAAUAAAUAAAAUAUUUCUGACCAACUAAUGAAUUAUAACAUUAUUAAUAAUUAUAGUUAGUACUUAUUCUGUAACUUAUUAAUAACAUUUGAAAUAUAAUAUUUGAUAUUUUGUAUAAGAAUCUCAAUGUACCUACAGUAUUAUAUAAAAUUGGAAGAAUAUGUCUAUAGAGAAAGACCGUUAUCAAUUUGCUAUAUUAGGUAAAUUAAAAUUUUUUUGGCGAGAGAAGAUUAGUAGAUAUUAUAAAACGGCUCUAACUGUCGCUAAUUGUUGAAUUCAGUUUCGUGGUAGGGGGGUAUUCACAGCUGUUGACUGCGUUUAAGAGCUGCGUAAGUUGGUAAGAAUUAUUAAUAAGUUAAAAAUUUACAACAUUUUACAGUGUUUAAUUAAUUUUUAUCAACUCUCGAUAUGAAAUUUAGUUUGUGGGUUAAACUCCUGCCUGUGGUAUAGUCUAUGUAUAAUAUAUAGUAAUAUGUUAAGUAAGUACUUUUCUCUAUGCCAGGUAGAUGCAUUGUAGAAAUGAAUUAUCUGCCGGUCAGAGAAUUUUUUAUUAAUUGAUUAUAGUUUAUGCUUCCAUAAAGAGUUUUCCAAUUGUAAAUUAAUAUUUAAAAAAUAUGUUGUAAUUUAUUUUAUUAGCGAAGUAAAUUAGGUUAACGAUGAAUAAUUAUUGCACGAUUUACAUAAUUAUGAAUAGGAACGUCGGCGCCAUUAUUGUUCACAUUUAGCGAAAGGCAUUUGAAGUUAUUUAUUGAUGAAAUUAUAAAUAAAUAAAGAAAUUUAAAUAAAAUAUUGUUUAAUAACUCUAGCCAUGAUGAUUAUAUUAUCAUUCAGUCAUUAAAAAAUAAAUUGAUUAAAAACGCUACAAAAGUUGGUUCCUAAAUACGUCAAGUUCUAAAUAAUCCGGUUGUCGAUCUGUCUGUUCUUAUUUUAAUUGUACAAUAUAAAAUAUUACAGAUUACUGCACCUGCUUGGAAUGACUUGAAUGCUUUUAUAUUUAUGUGAAGACUGGGCGUAGUUUGAUGAGGUCCAACUUCAGUGGCCGGAAAAAUGUGUUAAAUCCGUUUCUAACGCGUUUAUAAUUUGAUUUUUAAAUUAAUUAUAUUAACAGAAAACGACUAUGGCUAGUUACAAUUUAUGAACAAACUAUGUUACAGUUCUAAGAUGAUUUAUGCGUCUAGAUAGACUGUUGUGAAAUCUGUGAAACCGCGAAAAAAUAUAGGUAAACUGUUAACCUCUAUUUUAAGCAAUGCACGCUCAUUAACACAAAGUUAUAUACAAAUUGAGAAUGUUAAACGUAGCUUGUCGAGCACACUAAAGUAAUAAUCCUGGCCUGUUUUCGUCGCUUGUCAAGCAGCAAGAGGCUUUAUGUGGACGUACUCGUAUAAGUAUCUAAGUUACAGUUUUUAAGUUAUACUUCUUCUGGCGCGUUAGGGAACAAUUACCAGAGUGAAUUAUACGAUGGAGCGGACACCGUCACCCUGACGCUAGCUGGUCAACUAACCUCCUCUUCUAACUCAUAUGUCUACUGAACAACAAGCAAUGGACGAGAGUUUAAUAAAUUUCAAUAUAUUGUAUAAGUUAUACAAAAAAAUAAAUCUUUCUUAUUCUAUAAAACAAUUAAAUGAUAUUUAAAUACAUCAUUUAAGUAUACUAUGCGGUGUAAUAAUAUUUUCAUUGAUUGUAUUCAAUAAAAUAAACGACUUAAGUAUGAGCAAUGUGAUUUUAAAGAUUUUUGUUUUGUUAGACCAUAGAAGUAUAACGUCUUGCACACACGCACGUACUUCAUUGAACACAGACUUUUUUGAUUUGAUGUCAAUCAUCUGUGCUCGAAUUGUAAAAUUGCAUUCUACCCCGUUACAUAAUGUUAGGAGCUGUCGUUGAUAAUGUCACAUCGUCGCGUCGCUUUGUUAGGCAAGGGUUACUAUGGAUGCGAGUUCUGACGAGUACGUCCGAAAUCCUCGUCAGAACAAGCCGUUUACACUGUGCGCGUUUUCUGUUAUUCUGAUAGUCAGUUCGUUUCUGCGAAGAUGGACAAAUUUGAUGAAUUUGAUUUGACAUCGAUAAAGAAGGUGUCAGACCUACUUCCGUUCCGUUGAUAUUCCCGAGGUGGACUUUGAGUCCCUACACAAUGUGCCAGUUUCACGGAGAUAUAAUCACUAUGGAAGAAGCGCGAAUGAGACUAGAGAAACCUUGAAAAAUUAUUUUGUUAGUCCAGCAGGUGAAAUUCUGUUUCAAUACAACCUCAUGUCAUGUUCUUGACAGAUAAAAUGUAAACAUUAAUUCUAAUUGCUCGUGUACCUAAUUAAUGUGAACCCCACUUCAAAAUAAAAAAUUGUACUUACUGCUAGUGUUGAGUUUUGCAGCAACUUUCUUCCACUUUUGCCGAGAAAUAUCUCUGUUGUGAUAAUUUUUGUUUUCUCGCAGACGCAGGUCGUGCGAAAAAAUCAAACUCGUUUGAACGCUCGAGUGAUUCUAACGACGUCGAGCAUGUUCUGACGCGUUCGUCGUUGCCAGUGUAAACACUGUCAUUGGAUACCAGGCGUUUGUUUCUUCUGACGAAUCCGUCAGAACUCGUCAGAACAAAUUUUCGUCAGAACUCGCAUCCAUAGUAACCCUAGCCUAACGGUGUGCAAAACAAGCAUCACUAGGAUGUAUAUGAUUAUUAAUAAAUGAACUACAAUUUAUUUAUUCGGUAUUAUAUAGUUAUUAUUAUUAUAAUGAUGAAAUAUCAAUGAUAGAAUCUGGGUUACGUUAAAAGUUUUUAUUUUUCUGGCAGAUCUAUUAUAGCGACAGAGAACAUUUGGAACUACAGAACUAUUAACAACAAAAGUCAAACCGUUACAAUGAAAAUUUAUUCAAAAAUAAAGCAGUCAUAGCACGAAAAUAUCACGACAUGCUUAGGUACAUGAAAAUGCAAACCGAGGUGGUGAAUGAGGCACGGGAGAGGGCUUCACGUUCCAGCGAAGUCCAGAGAUAAUGUGGCCAUGUGGUAUAUGUAAUAUAUUUAAUGAUAACUUGUUUGUUAUGUUAUUAGAAGACACUUGUGGUAAACAAAACUAGGUUCUACAUUAGCUCAGUGCUGCGCUUCUUUAUGAUCAUUAUGAAAUGAAAUUUAAUUUUUGUUUUGCCAUACGAGUCCUCUUAAAUGCAUUUCUAAAGUAUUCUAAAUUUGUUUGUCUACACAAUCCUUGUGAUAUUCUCGUGCUAUCACUGCCUUGUUUUCGACUUUUGUUGUUAAUACUUCUGUAGUUUAUGUACUUCUGUGUCGCUAUAUAAAAGUACUACCACAUAAAUUAGUAGCUAGGUACUUAUUUUUUAUACUUAACUCAGAUUCUUUCAUUGAUUUUUCAUAAUUAUAAUAUUAUUAAAUUAGGAUAACAACACAUUUACAUCAAUCAAUAAUACAGAAAGAAUUAAUCGUUGAUUAUUUAUUAAUAAUAAGUGAUGCUUGUUUUGCACACCGUAAGAAAGCGACGAUGUGACGUCAUCGACGACAGGUCCUGAGAUUAUCUCUGGUAGCCCGUAUCUCAGUAACCGGUAACAACAACUACAUACAUAACAAAUGUAUUUUGUGAUAGCAUUGAGUUACAUUUAGAUUAAUGUAAGUCUCUUCAUUUUGUAAAAUUAAUAUAAGUAAUGCAAUUUAUUUGCUAAAAUAACAUGCAUAGUUUGUUCUAUAUGUUUCUCGUAACUGUUGUGUAAAGAAGAUACUACUAUGUUUUCACUUGGGACAAAUUUCGAUUCCAUUACUCGGGAGUACCUAUUGCAGCUCCGCUUAACCUAAUUCCUACUUAUUACACUCUCAUUGGAAUCGCUAACAUUUUCCCAUUUUCCUUUGUAAAAAUUCUCAAAAAUGUUUGAUUUAAGUACUUAUUAAUAUAUGAAGCAAUUUAUUACCUUUUGACAAGACUAAAGUCUUUGAUUAAUAUUAGCCGUAGAAAAUAGAAAUAUACUUAACUAGUUUUAAUUAACAUUUUUAAAUGAACGAACAUUAAAUAAAAUAUACUACACUUUUAUACCGAA